CAGGGAGUAAGAACUGACACCUCAAAGUGGACGCUUCGUCAUUCUGUAACAGAUUCAGGAGCAUGUGAGAUAUAAAAUGGAUGAUUUGGAUCACAGCAUUCACAUUGCAAAUGAUGACUGGACCAGCUUCUAUGAGGAGUGCGAGGAGUGUGGUCUGGUGCAGCCUUCGCUCGCCUGCCCUGAUAGCUGGAGCCUCAGUGAUUCAGAGGAACUGGGCAACCCAAGCUCAGUGUUCAGCGCAGGCCAUCAGGAGCCAGAGCAGAGCUGUGCUGCAAGCAGUGAUGGAGCUGAAGGCAGUGCUGCAGGAUGCUGCAUGGAGGAAGAGAACUGCACAGAUGGUGUGAAGUCUGUAUCAGUGCAGGUGGUUCAGUGUGGUUCAGCAGGAGGACAAGAAGAAACUAAAGCUGAAGCAGGCCUUGGUAAUCCUGAAGAAAAUGCCUUCAACACAGCAGAGCACAUCGAAGAGGAGAAACAUCCCAACAUCAAAAUUACACUGCAAACUGAGCAACUAAAUGUUCAGUGUUCAGAGGGAGAAUCGUCAGAGCUGAAAAGAGGAGAUGAAGCUGUGCAAAUUGAGACUGACAUUCAUGACCUCAUAUCCACACAGCAACCUGACCCCAUUUCCUACAACCUAACAGAGCUAGAUGUAAAUGAGCCGAUCACUACAGACAGAUCUGUGAGUGAGGAUGUGAGUGGUCUAAGAGCAGAGAAAGAGCGCUGGUUUGUGACAGUGAACGAGAGUCCUGCACGACAGGGAGUACGUGCUGCCUCUGUGAAAACAAAACGAAGACAAAAAAAAACUCGUAAGGAGAGAUCACUUGAAAACCACUGUAGGUUAGAGACGACAACAGAUAAUAAUGAAGCUAAAGUAGACCGUAACUUGGUAAACAAAUGUGCUGAACCAGAUUCUGAGUGUGUGCAGAUGGGAGUCAUUUCAGAUUCAUCGCAAUUGUCUUUAACUUCUGAUGAGGAAGACAAUUUGUCAGAACAACUGGUGAUGUCUCCUUCCCCUAAAGACAAUAUCAUUGAGCCAACUGUAGAAUCCAAAUCAAACAACAGAAUUACACCCAGAAAACCGAUAAAGUUAGACAGUGUGGAGUCUGACGUAUAUGAAGACGGUGUUGAGUUCUUCUCCACUCACAGUUUUGACUCUGAAAGCUAUCUGUCAGCUACCGAAUCAUGGGAGGAUCUUCAGCAUCUUCUCAAGGAACACCAACAACUGCAACGCUCAUUAUCUCUGACAGAAAACAGCUAUCUAUUCAAUCUGACUGAGAUUACCGAGGCAGACAACACGCAAGAUAGAGAAAUGCUUUCUUAUGAUGGCACUCUCUCUUUUGAUAUACCAGCUUCUAACUGUGAAGGUCAUGAAAGCACCGAUGUUCAGUCAUCUGCUGGGCAAAGUGCAGACAGAAUGCCAGAUGACAUCUCCACAUGUGAUAACCAAACACACAGCACGCUUCCUGCACCUACACCUGGACUCCAAAAACAGGAAGUAAAUCAUUUAGCAUCUGGUGGCUCUUCAGUAAAUCAGCUGCUCCCCAUUCCUGAUUUAACUGUAACCCCUUGCCCUGUGGCCGACAGCCCUGAAACAUACGCCGAAGCCGCGGGACACACUCGACCUGUGUACGCCAUUUCUGCUUUUUGGGAUGAAAUGGAAAAGUUGACGAUAAAUGACAUUUUGCAGCUCAGGAUGGGUAGAACCACCCCUCCCAGAGAUACAGUCACACCAAACGCAGAUGAUCACGGCCCUUUGCUCGACACAGUGGAGUAUAAUUUGUCUGAUGGUGUUCUGAUGGAUACAUCUGACACUGCUGAUUCAGACUAUUUCACACAGCCCGACGAAUCCAAACGCGAUCGUUCAAGCUGCGAGUUCUCCACGUCCGAUUUUGAAGAAGAGUACUGGCAGUAUCUUAGCGCCAGUAGGAACCACAGUCCUGACCCUCAAAGCAAAAGCCAACAGAGCCCGGGCGAUUCUCCUUUCAAAGCACAUGAGGAAGAGGAGUCUUUAAGCUCUGAAACACCUGUGCCUUUAGAGGACUAUGCAGAGGAUCAGGAAGCCAGUGAUUUAAUUUUGAGCAGACUUGGGUUGCCAAGACCGAUCACAAAAAGCAAAAGCUUGCAAAAUCUAUCAGCUUUCAAAACAGAGGAUUUAUCUUUGCAGUUGUUACUCGGCAAUGACGAGAGCAGUUUGUUUCUCAGCAGCUGUCCAUCUCUGGAAGAAAAUGUGGUUUUAACAGCUAGCGACAGCCUGGGAACACAAAUACCUACAUCUUUACUGGGUGAACAUGAUCAUAUAUCCUUGCCUGAAGUGUUUGAAUACCUUUACAGCGAUGAUGGAACAAACGGAGGCUCCCAAUGUGUUAAAGUCUAUGAUCCAGUUGACAUCUCAAUGGUUUAUGACUAUUCUCUUUGUGCGUUCAGCGAUGAAAUGUCAUUCUCUUUCCUCUACAAUUUCCAGCGCAGUGAGGAGAAACCCAUCCCCAUUUUCUCUUGUUCUCAGCCCAUCAUCAGAGAACUCACAUUCCCAAAUCCGGACUUUGUUUUCUUGCGCUCAGACUUCGAGGAGGAAGGCGACAUCUCCCCAUUCAGGAUCAUGUCUGGCUCUUUCUUCAAGGGGGACGAUUCCGGGGUGUCUGCCUCACAUGGAUUCUACAAUUGGAAAAGUUUGAUGAGGAAGGUUCGCUUUCCUGACAAAGGGAGCAUCUGGUGUAGUAGAUCUGGAGCCACGGUGUUCCCAGAUGAGGUUGAGAAGAUCACCACGAAGAGUGUGGACCCACCACUCACAGUGCUCACUGCCAGGAGAGGCUCUUCAUCUCCUUUUCUGCUGUUUAGCGAGCUAGCAUUGCAGAAGAGGGUGUUGGACGCUGUACAGGCAACAAGACAAGAGGGCAUUUUCUCCUCACUGAAGCAGUCAGAUAUGUGCAUGGUCUGCAUCGCCUUUGCCUCCUGGGUGUUAAAAUCAUCUGAUCCUGAGUCUGCUGAUGCCUGGAAAGCAGCUCUGCUGGCAAAUGUGAGUGCGCUGUCGGCCAUCCAGUACCUGCGGCAGUAUGUGAAGAGGAGGAAUCCUUCCUAACAGGAUCCCUGACACACAACAAAGAAGAGCGUAAUCAUUUACAAACACUUUCACUUGGGUCCAUCUAUAAGGAUAUAUAUACUAUAUAUGUACUGUAUGUCAUAUUGCCUCAGAGUUUUCAUUUCUUUCCUUGUUAAAAUAAAGCACGUAUGCUAGUAAGACA